AUGCCGUCAACCGUUUUGUCACAUAAAUAUACAUCAUUUCCGACAUUGUUCGAAGAUGUGCCAUUUCCGACAUUGUUUGAAAAUGUACCAUUGCCGACAUUGUUUGAAGAUGUCCCAUUGCCUACUUUGUUCGAAGAUGUCUCAAUGCCGACAUUGUUCGAAGAUGUCCCAUUGUUAACAUUAUUUGAAGAUGUCCCAUUGCCAACUUUGUUUGAAAAUGUCCCAUUGCCAACAUUGUUCGAAGAUGCCCCAUUGCCGACUAUAUUUGAAGAUGUUCCAUUGCCGACAUGGCUCGAUGAUAUCCCAUUGCCGACAAUGUUCGAAGAUGUCUCAUUGCCGACGAUGUUCGAAGAUGUCCCAUUGCUGACUUUGUUUGAAGAUGUCCCAUUGCUGACAAUGUUCGAAGAUGUCCCAUUGCCGACUUUGUUUGAAGAUGUCCCAUUGCCGAUUUUAUUCGAAAUUGAGCCAUUCCCAACGUGUUUUCGUUCUUUGAAGAAUUCGUUCGUUAUUAGGGCAAAUGGGUUUUCAACUAGAAGCCACAAAAAUAGCGCCAGCGUAAAUGUCGCGGUGACAAUUCCAAAGGACGCCGUGAGCUGA